AUGCCUGACCAUGGUAUCGCCUACCCCAGGUUACCUUCGGAAUUCAAUGAAGUGACGAACCCGAUUCCUAACCUGCGACCGCAUCAAGCUCGGAAAAUAGUGAUUUACUAUCAGACUAUGACGGUUUCACUAAAAGAUCUGGCUGUCGCGUAUCUCAUUGAGAGUUGGCUCCAGAUGGAAACCCUCACGCACCUCAUCGUUGGCUGUUUCCAUCUAGGUCGCAACGGAUACUUGCAUCUCAAUAACCACACCCCAGACCACGAAAGCUUCACAGAAUUGUGGCAGGAUAAACAGACUCUACAACAGAGAGGACUUAAGGUAUUGGCAAUGCUCGGAGGAGCCUGUCCCGGAAGCUUCAUCGUGCUGGACGAAGACGAGAGUUUCCAGGAGUGUUACAAGACCCUGUACGACAUGCUUGUCAAGUACAAGUUCGACGGGAUCGACCUCGACAUCGAGGAACCAAUCUCCCAGAAUGGUAUUAACCGUCUCGUUGAUCGCCUUCGGGCGGACUUCGGGCCUAACUUUAUCAUCACCCUCGCUCCUGUUGCUACGGCUUUGCAGGGUAAGGCCCAUCUAUCUGGCUUCGACUAUCUGCGUUUCGAGGGUGAAAGAGGCGAUAAGAUUAAUUUCUACAACACGCAAUUUUACAACGGCUGGGGGAGCCUCGAAACAACCAAGGACUAUGACGCGAUCAUGGCGAUGGGAUUCCCUCCGUCUCGUGUCCUUCCAACUCUAUUGACUCACCGGAACAAUGGAACCGCAGGCUUCAUAGAGUUCGACAAGCUUCGCCCGGUGCUUAUUGAGUUACGACUCCGGUAUCCCUAUCUUGGAGGAGUGGCGGGUUGGGAAUACUUCAACUCCGAUCCAGGUGGACAAGAGAUGCCUUAUCAAUGGUUAGCAAUUGUGUCCUUCAUUGAGACAUCGGUUUACUUACUGGGUCCUGACCACCGACGACUACUAAGUUUCGCUCGAACGCAGCAGAGUAGAGGUCACCCCAGAGAUAGCCUCCUCGGACAGUGA